GAAACUGUUUUCGUCACCGAACCAGCUGAAAUCUUUUUCGCAACAAAACAAACUCUAUCCCCAAAUUCAGAAGCUUUUUAGGGUUUCUUCUUCCUUUCGCACAUAUCUUCUCCGAUUGAUUUUGCAGUGAAAUUGUGUAUCUUUUUGUUGUUAAUCAGAGCUGUUGAAGUGAAUGUUUGGAUAUAGCUGUGGUGGUUUCGUAUCAUGUCCAGUAAUAUGGGAACAGAGCUUAUUGAUCUGGAGACUGUGAAAGCGGAUUCAGAUGCUUUUGGAGAAACGAAUUUGAUGGAGUUAGUUGGAUCAAAUGAUCCUCCUUCUCUUCAGCAUAUCUCAGUUUCAGAGAUUGAGCAAGAGCCUAUGGAAAUAUCUGUCUCUGGUCCUUUGUCAUUCCAAUUUGAGCCAGAGGCUGUCUCUUUUCAAUCAUCUAUGUUGGUUGAUACUCAGUCUUUGAUGCCUCAGUUGCAACUUCCAUAUUCUGUAGAGAGGUCAGUAGCUGCAUGUAGUAACUCAGUGACAGGGAAGCGGAAAUCGCCACCAGAGUCUACUCUCAGUGGUUCUGCUACUUCCGAGAAGUUAGAUGCAUCUAACAAGCGAGUAGAGCCAGUGCACCACAGACCAUGGCUAGAACAAUUUUAUUCAGAAUGUAUUCAGCGGGGUCAUAUGCCACCACCUGCUACUCUUUCUACCAAGACAGAACAUCUACCAACGCCUGCUAAGAAAGUAAGGCAAAUGGAACCUGCUUCCCAAAAAUCUGGGAAGCAAGUGAUGAACAAGAAACAAGCAGGCUUGUCACAAGGGUCGGUGAAAACACUGAAUGAUGGUAACGAGUCUUUGAGGUCUAAAAUGAAGGAAUCAUUAGCAGCUGCCUUGGCUUUGGUUCACGAGCAUGAGGAGUCUCCGAAAGAGAAAAAGAAUUCAGAAACUGAAGAAGCAAGUGUUCCAGUAGCUGAUAGUAAUGAGCCUGCGUCAGCCUGUGGUACCAGUGUUACAGUAGGUGAAGACAUCACGCCAGCAAUGUCCACAAGGGAUGAAAGUUUUGAGCAGAAGAACGGCAAUGGAAGAACUUUGUCGCAAGAGAGUUCCAAGGACACCAAGAUGAAUUAUGUUAAUCAAUCUGAUGUACAGAAAACUCAAUUUGACGAGGUUUUCCCCUGUGAUGAUGUUCGUUUUAGUGAUAGUAUUUUUACUGGCGAUGAACUUUUACAGGGUAAUGGCCUCUCAUGGGUUUUGGAACCUGUUUCAGAUUUUGGGGAGAAUGAAACUCAAAAGUCGUUUGAGGAUCCAGAGCUCUUGGCAUCUAAAAUUGAGUUGGAACUUUUUAAGCUAUUUGGAGGUGUGAACAAGAAGUACAAAGAGAAGGGAAGGUCUCUCUUAUUCAAUUUGAAGGAUAAGAACAAUCCUGAGCUAAGAGAAAGUGUCAUGUCCGGAAAGAUAUCUCCAGAGAGAUUAUGUAAUAUGACAGCUGAGGAACUUGCUUCUAAGGAGCUUUCUCAGUGGCGACAAGCAAAAGCAGAAGAGAUGGCGGAGAUGGUUGUCCUACGGGACACAGACAUUGAUGUCAGAAAUCUGGUGAGGAAAACGCAUAAAGGUGAGUUCCAGGUAGAAAUUGAUCCCGUUGACAGUGGGACAGUGGAUGUCUCUGCUGAGAUUACAUCAAAUAGUAAACCUCGAGCCAAAGCAAAAUCCUCGAAAUCAUCUACCAAAGCCACUUUAAAGAAAAAUGACUCUAAUGAUAAGAACAUAAAAUCCAACCAGGGAACAUCAUCUGCUGUGACUCUGCCCCCAACAGAGGAGAUUGAUCCGAUGCAAGGUCUGUCAAUGGAUGAUGAGAUGAAGGAUGUGGGAUUUCUUCCUCCAAUUGUAUCCCUUGAUGAGUUCAUGGAAUCCCUGAACUCAGAACCUCCAUUUGGCAGUCCACAUGAACAUCCUCCUGGAAAGGAAGAUCCUGCAUCUGAGAAGAGUGACUCUAAAGAUGGGUCACAUUCAAAAUCACCUUCAAGAUCUCCUAAGCAGUCUCCAAAGGAACCGAGUGAGAGCGUCUCUUCUAAAACAGAACUCGAAAAGACUAAUGUAAUUUCCCCAAAACCUGAUGCUGGUGACCAACUCGACGGUGAUGUCUCCAAACCUGAAAAUACAUCUUUGGUUGAUAGCAUUAAAGAGGAUCGAAUAUGGGAUGGUAUAUUGCAGCUUAGUUCCGCUUCAGUUGUCUCAGUCACUGGAAUUUUCAAGAGUGGUGAGAAAGCAAAGACAAGCGAGUGGCCAACAAUGGUGGAGGUAAAGGGUAGAGUGAGACUCAGUGCGUUUGGGAAGUUUGUAAAAGAGCUUCCGUUGUCUCGAAGCCGUGUCUUAAUGGUAUACAAAGUUUAUUACGUGCAUUAUCUUUGUAGUAGCAUUAUUAGCAUUAGCUUCACUCUCUUCCCUGUUACUAUAACGAGCAAUAAUACUAGAUCCACAAAAUCUCAUCUCAAUAUUACAAGUCGUUUCUUAAUGCAGAGACUAGGCUUCUCAUUAGCUAAAACAUGGAACCCAGAAAGCAAAAAAGCUCACUGUUGAUCUACAUCUGUGAAACAGGACCGGGGCAGUAAUAAAAAAAAGGCCUGAUUGACCAGAGAAUCAAUCAACUGUGGAUUGAAUCUGAAAUUUUGUACAAAAUCAUGAAAUUUUGUAUGCCAAAUCACUUGUAGAUGUAUUGUUAACUAGGUAGGAUAUAGAAUCAUCAAAAAUGUUACCAAGAAUCUCUUACAGAGAGAGAGUUACAAGACCACAAACACCAGAACUUGGUCCAUUAACUUACGUGCAGAUCAUGAUUCAUGACCCAAAAUAGAAUCUUUCGAAACAUAUAACUUUGUCUUAUAGGAAAAAGUUUCUACUUUUAUGCAUUUUUCGUAAGUAGUGUAAGUAAUUAAGUUGGUACAUCAAAUUGCAGGUAAUGAACGUGGUUUGCAAGAAUGGUAUCUCUCAGAGCCAACGUGAUAGCCUAAUUGAGGUUGCUAAGUCAUACGUAGCUGACCAAAGAGUUGGUUACGCAGAACCAACCUCGGGCGUUGAGCUUUACCUCUGUCCAACACUGGGUGAAACCUUGGAUUUGUUGAGCAAAAUCAUCUCCAAGGAUUAUCUUGAUGAGGUCAAGUGUUCAGAAGAUAUCGGGUUGAUUGGUGUUGUUGUGUGGAGGCGUGCAGUUGUCGCGUCUCCUGGCUCACGCCAUAAGCCGGGAUUCAAACGUCAGCAUUCUUCUACAGGCACUAAGAGGUCUGUAUUGGCUCCAGAAAACCAAAAGUCUAGAAGUGUGAGUGUUACGAAUCCUUCUGUUGUAAAUGUUGAAUCCAUGAGGAAUCAUGGUUUGGUUGGUUGUGAUGAUGAUGAUGAAGACAUGCCUCCUGGAUUUGGUCCUGUAGCUGCGAAAGAUGACGAUGAUUUACCGGAAUUUAACUUUAAUUCCUCCAGUGGACCGGUUACUUCUUCUCCUCGACCACCGUUGCAGUCCCGGUCUUUGGAUCAAGUAAGGGAGCUCAUACUCAAGUAUGGAAAUUCAACAGGUAGUGGUAGUAAACGACCAUGGGAUGGUCAUGAUGAUGAUGAUGACGACGACAUUCCUGAAUGGCAACCGCAACUGCCACCACCACCUCCUGACUUGAGUCCUCAAUUUCAUAGCGGAACCAUGGCCAGACCACCAGCACAACGACCUGUUGCGGGACCACCGAGUGGAUGGAAGGCCAAUCAAAACGCACCUAGGCAACAACAGUACAGUGCACGUAGGAACAGAGGAUUUUGAUCUUUGUGAAUACGUUUGUGUAAUUAAAGUUUGUUAGGUCUAUUGACGUCUCUAUCAUCGGCUUUUAAGUGUUUCUAUAGAAUUGUAAACCUUUGAAUAAUGGAGUCUUUUAAGCAUAAAAGUUUGAACUCAACACAAUCAAGGAUUUGUACAGAUUACAGGAAGAAAGAUCUCGGUUCUUCAACCCGCUAAGACCCGCUUGAGAGCGGAUUUCUGCUCCGUUGUCAAUCUUGCGGGAAACUGAACAUCGAACUUAAUCUUAAGAUCACCUUUGUUUCUUGGUUCUUUAGCUAUUGGCAUCCCUUCUCCAGGAACCACAAACUCAUACCCGGGACUCACGAUUUCCGCGACACCAACGGGUAGAUUCCGCCCAUCGAGGGUGUUGAUAUUCACAGUUGUUCCUCCUAUAGCUUCUGCAAG